CGGGCGCUGAGCUGGGUGGGGCGGGGCGGCCCGGCCCCGGGCAUGGAGCGCGGCGGUGCCGAGCCUCGGGACGUUUGGGGCGCGUCUCGUCAGAGCCCGCGGCGCGCCUGAAGUUGCGGCCGGCAAGCGGCCAGAGGCUAGCGGACGGCCCAAGGGGACACUGGAGAGGCCGGCGCGCCGCGGAUGAGCCUUCGCGCCGGCGGCGAGACGCGGCGGUGACCAGCACCGGAGCAGGCGGCCGGCGGGGGCCGAUCCGGCGGAGAGCAGAGCCCGAGGCGCGGCGCCGCUCCGCACACGCACACGGAGCCAUGAGGGGCCGUGUUGUCACCAGCUGCCACGUAGUCUGGCUUUUUGUGCUGAUCUCUGGAUGCUGGGGCCAGGUGAACCGACUGCCCUUCUUCACCAACCACUUCUUUGACACAUAUCUGCUGAUCAGCGAGGACACGCCAGUGGGCUCCUCUGUGACCCAGCUGCUGGCCCGAGACAUGGACAAUGACCCCCUGGUGUUUGGCGUGUCUGGGGAGGAGGCUUCCCGCUUCUUUGCCGUGGAGCCUGACACAGGCGUGGUGUGGCUCCGGCAGCCGCUGGACAGAGAGACCAAGUCAGAGUUCACAGUGGAGUUCUCUGUCAGCGACCACCAGGGGGUGAUCACGCGGAAGGUGAACAUCCAGGUCGGGGACGUGAAUGACAAUGCGCCCACCUUUCACAAUCAGCCCUACAGUGUCCGCAUCCCUGAGAACACCCCAGUGGGGACACCCAUCUUCAUCGUGAACGCCACGGACCCCGACCUGGGCGCGGGCGGGAGCGUCCUCUACUCCUUCCAGCCCCCCUCCCAGUUCUUCACCAUCGACAGCGCCCGCGGCAUUGUCACGGUGAUCCGGGAGCUGGACUACGAGACCACGCAGGCCUACCAGCUCACCGUCAACGCCACAGAUCAAGACAAGACCAGGCCUCUGUCCACCUUGGCCAACUUGGCCAUCAUCAUCACAGACGUCCAGGAUAUGGACCCCAUCUUCAUCAACCUGCCUUACAGCACCAACAUCUAUGAGCACUCUCCUCCGGGCACCACAGUGCGUGUUAUCACUGCCAUCGACCAGGAUAAAGGACGUCCCCGGGGGAUUGGCUACACCAUCGUCUCAGGGAAUACCAACAGCAUCUUCGCCCUGGACUACAUCAGCGGAGCGCUGACCUUGAACGGCCUCCUGGACCGGGAGAACCCCCUGUACAGCCAUGGCUUCAUCCUGACCGUGAAGGGCACAGAGCUGAAUGAUGACCGCACCCCAUCCGACGCCACAGUCACCACGACCUUCAACAUCCUGGUUAUCGACAUCAAUGACAACGCCCCAGAGUUCAACAGCUCCGAGUACAGCGUAGCCAUCACUGAGCUGGCGCAGGUCGGCUUUGCCCUCCCCCUCUUCAUCCAGGUGGUGGACAAGGACGAGGGCCUGAACAGCAUGUUCGAGGUGUACCUGGUGGGGAACAACUCCCACCACUUCAUCAUCUCUCCCACCUCCGUCCAAGGAAAGGCGGACAUUCGCAUCCGGGUGGCCAUCCCCCUGGACUAUGAGACUGUGGACCGCUACGACUUCGACCUCUUUGCCAAUGAGAGUGUGCCCGACCACGUGGGCUAUGCCAAGGUGAAGAUCACCCUCAUCAACGAGAACGACAACCGGCCCAUCUUCAGCCAGCCACUGUACAAUGUCAGCUUGUACGAGAACGUCACUGUGGGGACCUCUGUGCUGACAGUCCUGGCCACAGACAAUGAUGUGGGCACCUUCGGGGAAGUCAACUACUUCUUCAGCGAUGACCCUGACCGGUUCUCUCUGGACAAGGACACAGGCCUUGUCAUGCUGAUUGCCAGACUGGACUACGAGCUCAUCCAGCGCUUCACCUUGACGCUCAUCGCCCGGGACGGGGGCGGCGAGGAGACCACAGGCCGGGUCAGGGUCAACGUGCUGGACGUCAAUGACAACGUGCCCACCUUCCAGAAGGAUGCCUAUGUGGGUGCCCUGAGAGAGAACGAGCCUUCUGUCACACAGCUGGUGCGGCUCCGGGCCACGGAUGAAGACUCCCCUCCCAACAACCAGAUCACCUACAGCAUCGUCAAUGCCUCCGCCUUUGGCAGCUACUUCGACAUCAGCGUGUAUGAGGGCUAUGGAGUGAUCAGUGUGAGCCGUCCCCUGGAUUAUGAACAGAUAGCCAAUGGGCUGAUUUAUCUGACGGUCAUGGCCAAGGACGCUGGCAACCCCCCUCUGAACAGCACUGUCCCCGUCACCAUUGAGGUGUUUGAUGAGAAUGACAACCCUCCCACCUUCAGCAAGCCUGCCUACUUCGUGUCCGUGGUGGAGAACAUCAUGGCAGGAGCCACGGUGCUGUUCCUGAAUGCCACAGACCUGGACCGCUCCCGGGAGUACGGCCAGGAGUCCAUCAUCUACUCCCUGGAGGGCUCCUCCCGGUUCCGGAUCAACGCCCGCUCAGGGGAAAUUACCACCACCUCCCUGCUCGACCGUGAGACCAAGUCUGAAUACAUCCUCAUCGUGCGAGCAGUGGACGGGGGCGUGGGCCACAACCAGAAAACUGGCAUCGCGACUGUCAAUAUCACCCUCCUGGACAUCAACGACAACCACCCAACCUGGAAGGACGCUCCCUACUACAUCAACCUGGUGGAGAUGACCCCUCCAGACUCUGACGUGACCACGGUGGUGGCCGUGGACCCAGACCUGGGGGAGAAUGGCACCCUGGUGUACAGCAUCCAGCCACCCAACAAGUUCUACAGCCUCAACAGCAGCACGGGCAAGAUCCGCACCACCAACGUCAUGCUGGACCGCGAGAACCCCGACCCCCAUGAGGCGGAGCUCAUGCGCAAGAUCAUUGUCUCUGUCACUGACUGCGGCAGGCCCCCUCUGAGAGCCACCAGCAGUGCCACAGUGUUCGUGAACCUCUUGGACCUCAAUGACAACGACCCCACCUUUCAGAACCUGCCUUUUGUGGCCGAGGUGCUUGAAGGCACCCCUGCGGGGGUCUCCGUCUACCAGGUGGUGGCCAUCGACUUGGACGAGGGCCUGAACGGGCUGGUGACGUACCGCAUGCAGGUGGGCAUGCCCCGCAUGGACUUCCUCAUCAACGGCAGCAGCGGCGUGGUGGGCACCACCGCCGAGCUGGACCGCGAGCGCAUCGCCGAGUACCAGCUGCGGGUGGUGGCCAGCGAUGCAGGCACGCCCACCAAAAGCUCCACCAGCACGCUCACCGUCCGAGUGCUGGAUGUGAACGAUGAGAAGCCCACCUUCUUCCCGGCCGUGUACAACGUCUCUGUGUCCGAGGACGUGCCGCGGGAGUUCCGGGUGGUCUGGCUGAACUGCACCGACAACGACGUGGGCCUCAACGCCGAGCUCAGCUACUUCAUCACAGGAGGGAACGUGGAUGGGAAGUUCAGCGUUGGCUACCGAGAUGCUAUUGUGAGAACGGUGGUAAGCCUGGACCGGGAAACCACAGCCUCGUACAUACUCGUCCUGGAGGCCAUUGACAAUGGCCCCGUAGGCAAGCGGCGCACGGGCACGGCCACGGUGUUCGUCACUGUCCUGGAUGUGAACGACAACCGGCCCAUCUUUCUGCAGAGCAGCUACGAGGCCAGCGUCCCUGAGGACAUCCCUGAGGGCCACAGCAUCGUGCAGCUAAAAGCCACAGAUGCCGACGAGGGCGAGUUUGGGCGUGUGUGGUACCGCAUCCUUCACGGUAACCAUGGCAACAACUUCCGGAUCCACGUCAGCAAUGGGCUCCUGAUGCGCGGGCCCCGGCCCCUGGACCGGGAGCGGAACUCGUCCCACGUGCUGGUAGUGGAGGCCUACAACCAUGACCUGGGCCCCAUGCGGAGCUCCGUCAAGGUGAUGGUGUACGUGGAGGACGUCAACGACGAGGCCCCUGUGUUCACGCAGCAGCAGUACAGCCGCCUGGGGCUUCGCGAGACCGCAGGCAUCGGCACGUCAGUCCUUGUCGUCCAAGCCACAGACCGAGACACUGGGGCUGGCGGCCUGGUGAACUACCACAUCCUGUCGGGCGCGGAGGGGAAGUUCGAAGUUGACGAGAGCACUGGGCUCAUCGUCACCAUGGAUCACCUGGACUACGAGACCAAGACCAGCUACCUGAUGAACGUGUCCGCCACUGACCAGGCACCCCCCUUCAACCAGGGCUUCUGCAGCGUCUACGUCACUCUGCUCAACGAGCUGGACGAGGCUGUGCAGUUCUCCAACGCCUCCUACGAGGCUGCCAUCAUGGAGAACCUGGCCCUGGGCACUGAGAUCGUGCGGGUCCAGGCCUUCUCCAUCGACAACCUCAACCAGAUCACCUACCGCUUUGACACCUACACCAGCACCCAGGCCAAAGCCCUCUUCAAGAUAGAUGCCAUCACGGGUGUGAUCACAGUCAAGGGCCUGGUGGACCGGGAAAAAGGCGACUUCUACACCUUGACAGUGGUGGCAGAUGACGGCGGCCCCAAAGUGGACUCCACCGUGAAGGGGUCCCAGAGGGCAGCCAGUGAGCAGAGCCCUCGGAUGAUAGACAGUGGGCAGUGGUUCCAGGUGCCCCUCACCCCUGUUGUCAUGAGGAGUCCGGAAUUUGAGGCCGAGUGGACCCUCAGAAGCAUCAGGGAUGCGCCCCCUGAGGCUGCUGAAGCCCCUCCCUGGACCAGGCAGCCCACUUCCUCUGCGUGA